CCGCUGAUGAGAGAAGCCAUGCGCCAUGACGCGCUGUUAACCGGCGCCCGCCCCCAGCACUGAAAUCGUUUGGAUGUACGCACGAUGACCACAGGAACAGAGACCCCAAGCCAUGAUCCCGAAAGCAAGGGCGUCGAGUCGUUGUCCAGCAGCCUUCCGUCCAAGCCGCCGGGGGAGCAGGCGGAGGCAGGGGGUGAAGGAGGCGAGGAAAAGCCUCUAUCGAGCGCGUGGCAGGCCGCUUUGGGAGCCACCUCGGCCAUGGACAAAGAGAAACAAGAGCGCAAGCGGGUGGUGCGCAAGCAGCCUAAGGUGGUUGAGCGCCCGGUCAGGGCCCUCUUCUGCCUUGGACUCAAAAAUCCCAUCCGAAGCCUCUGUAUCACCAUAGUCGAAUACAAAGCUUUUGAAUAUCUUAUACUUUUAACCAUUUUUGCCAAUUGUAUAGCCCUAGCUGUCUUCACCCCUUUUCCAUUUGGGGACUCCAAUGCAGUAAAUGCGACAUUGGAAAAAGUAGAGUAUAUAUUUUUGGUGAUUUUCACCCUGGAGUGCGUGAUGAAAAUCAUUGCGUACGGUUUCGUGCUCCAUCCUGGUGCUUAUCUACGGAACACAUGGAAUCUUCUAGAUUUUGUAAUUGUAGUUAUAGGUGUCGUGAGUACAGCUCUGUCCAAUCUAAUGAAGGAUGGUUUCGAUGUAAAGGCCUUGAGAGCUUUUCGUGUCCUCAGGCCCCUUCGGCUCGUAUCGGGUGUCCCAAGUCUUCAAGUGGUGCUCAACUCCAUCCUCAAAGCCAUGAUUCCUCUCCUUCACAUCGCAUUACUCGUCAUCUUCGUCAUCAUCAUCUACGCCAUCAUCGGGCUCGAGCUCUUCUCAGGAAAGAUGCACAAGACGUGCUUCAACAACGUCACGGGCGAAAUCGCCGUGGACCCUCCCCACCCUUGCGGCGACGCCGGAUACCAAUGCAAGGGGACGGAGGAGGUGUGUCGGCUGUACUGGGAAGGCCCCAACUACGGCAUCACCAACUUCGACAACUUCGGAUUGGCCAUGCUAACAGUCUUCACAUGUGUCACCAACGAAGGAUGGACAAGUGUCCUCUACAAUGUGAACGAUGCUUGCGGGAACCAGUGGCCUUGGAUCUACUUCCUGAGUCUCAUCAUUUUAGGUUCUUUCUUCGUGCUCAAUCUGGUUCUUGGUGUCUUGAGUGGAGAGUUUUCCAAAGAAAGAGAGAAAGCGAAGGCCCGUGGUGACUUCCAUAAACUGCGGGAGAAGCAACAGAUAGAGGAAGAUCUCAGAGGCUAUCUGGAUUGGAUAACACAAGCAGAGGACAUUGAUCCUGACGAAGGUGGAAAUCAAGAUGAAGACGGACGGUUAGAAACUGAAGCAGAUAAAGAAGAAGAGAAUGGAAGUCAAGAAAACAUGGCGUCUCCGUCUUGGUGGGAAUUAAAAAAACAACAGUUCGACCGACAGAACCGACGCAUUCGUCGUGGCUGUCGGAAGCUGGUCAAGUCUCAAGCUUUCUACUGGCUGGUCAUCGUGCUUGUUUUCCUCAAUACCAUGACUUUGGCAUCGGAGCAUCACCAUCAACCAGAAUGGCUUGAUAAGUUUCAAGAAUCUUGCAACAUCGUGUUCGUGGCUCUCUUCACCUGCGAAAUGUUCCUCAAGUUGUACAGUUUAGGCCUGCAAGGGUACUUUGUGAGUCUUUUUAACCGCUUCGACUGCUUCGUGGUGAUCAGUUCCAUCCUCGAGAUGGCACUCCUCUACACGGACGUCAUGCCCCCCCUUGGUGUCUCUGUGCUCCGUUGUGUCCGGCUGCUCAGAAUUUUCAAAGUCACAAAGUACUGGACAUCUCUGUGUAACCUCGUCGCUUCACUCAUCAAUUCAGUUCGAUCCAUCGCCAGUUUGUUGCUGUUGUUGUUCUUGUUCAUCAUGAUAUUCGCCCUUUUGGGGAUGCAGGUGUUCGGAGGAAGGUUUAACUAUAAACCCCUGGAGGAGAAACCGAGGCACAACUUCGAUAGCUUCGUACAGGCUCUGCUCACUGUGUUUCAGAUCUUAACCGGCGAGGAUUGGAAUGAAGUCAUGUACGAUGGCAUCCGAGCAUAUGGUGGCGUUGAAUCAUGGGGUGUUUUAGCUUGCAUCUAUUUUAUCAUUCUCUUCAUCUGUGGUAACUAUAUUCUCCUAAACGUCUUCUUGGCUAUCGCUGUGGACAAUCUGGCUGAUGCCGACAGUUUAACGGGAGUUGAAAAGGAAGAAGAGGAGGAGGAAGAAGGUGGGGAGGUAGUUCCUGAGGGUGGAGAAGGUGAAGGGGAGAAGGGAAGCCAAGAAGAGCUUGAUGAUGAGAUGUGCAAGAGAAACCGCAGAAAGAGCGAAAUGUUCAAGAUGGAUGGAGUUCAGAUGAAUCAUGUGGGGUUUGCUACGGAUAAAAUGAAUCAAGUAGAAAUUCGAAUUAAUACAGAUGAGGAGAAAGGAGAAGAGGAAGAAGGCGAGGAGGAGGAAGGUAUGGAAGACGAAGAGUGUGAAGAAACGGAGUCAAGAGUAGGCUCCCAAGGAGCCAGACCCCGCAGAAUGUCCGAAUUAGACGCCAUACCCAAUAAAAUCGUUCCCAUCCCUCCUUACAGCUCGUUCUUCAUCUUUUCGCCAACGAAUUGCUUCCGAGUGUUUUGCCAUCGGGUGAUCAACCACAGUUUGUUUGGCAACAUAGUGCUGGCGUGCAUUCUCAUCAGCAGCGCCAUGUUGGCUGCAGAAGAUCCACUCAGCUCAGAUACCCCUAGGAAUAAGAUUUUGAAUAAAUUUGACAUGUUUUUUACAACCGUUUUCACCGUAGAAAUCACAUUGAAAGCUAUCACGUUUGGUCUCAUCCUACACAAAGGCUCUUUUUGCCGAAGUGCUUUUAACAAUCUAGAUAUCCUUGUGGUGUCCGUAUCUCUCAUAUCCUUUGGCUUCGACAAUGGUGCUAUUUCAGUAGUGAAGAUUCUUCGAGUGCUCAGAGUUUUACGUCCCCUUAGAGCUAUUAAUCGUGCUAAAGGUUUAAAACAUGUUGUUCAGUGCGUCAUUGUUGCCGUCAAAACCAUCGGUAACAUCAUGUUAGUUACAUUUUUACUCAAUUUCAUGUUUGGUGUCAUUGGAGUUCAGUUGUUCAAGGGCAAGUUUUAUUCAUGUAGUGAUGGCUCAAAACUUUUUGAAAAAGAUUGCCAGGGUUACUAUAUCGUAUACGAAGGAGGUGACAUUACGAAACCCAAAGCCGAGGAGAGGGUAUGGGAGCGUUACAAGUUUAAUUUCGAUGACGUUGCCAAAGCCAUGCUCACUCUUUUCACCGUUUCCACUUUUGAGGGAUGGCCUCAGUUGUUGUACGUGGCCAUCGACUCGAAAGGGGAGGACGAGGGGCCUUAUUACAACUAUCGACCCAUGGUGGCCGUCUUCUUCAUCAUCUACAUCAUCAUCAUCGCUUUCUUCAUGGUCAACAUCUUCGUAGGUUUUGUCAUCGUCACAUUUCAGAACGAGGGAGAGCAAGAGUAUAAGAAUUGCGAACUGGACAAAAAUCAGAGGAAUUGUAUAGAAUUUGCACUCAAAGCAAAACCGGUUCGGCGGUAUAUUCCAAAACAAAGAAUUCAAUACAAAAUUUGGUGGUUCGUGACAUCACAGUAUUUUGAAUAUACCAUUUUUGUCCUUAUAAUGGUCAAUACUCUUACUCUAGCAAUGAAGUUUUAUGGACAACCUAAAUCCUAUACAAAAGCUUUGGAUAUUUUGAAUAUUAUAUUUACUACUGUUUUCGCCUGCGAGUUUCUUCUCAAACUGAUGGCUUUUAAAUUUAAAAAUUACUUUGGUGAUGCUUGGAACGUGUUCGACUUCAUUAUUGUGUUGGGCAGUUUCAUUGAUAUCAUAUACGGUGAAGUAAACUAUGAAAAACACGAACAUCGAACUUCGCACGAUGAAUUUCCUACAGACGGCAUCUUAGAUGAGGAAAAGCCCAACUCUGGGAUAAUCAGCAUCAACUUCUUCCGUUUGUUUCGUGUGAUGCGGUUGGUAAAACUCCUCAGCAGAGGGGAAGGCAUCCGAACUCUACUCUGGACGUUUAUCAAAUCUUUCCAAGCCCUUCCAUAUGUAGCCCUCUUGAUCGCUAUGUUAUUUUUCAUCUAUGCCGUUAUUGGUAUGCAAGUAUUUGGAAAAAUUGCUUUAAAUCCGGAAACCGAAAUCCACCGCAACAACAAUUUUCAAACCUUUCCCCAGGCAGUUUUGGUGCUCUUUCGGUCAGCGACAGGAGAGGCGUGGCAAGAGAUCAUGAUGUCAUGCGUCAGCGAUCCGAAGGUCUUGUGCGAUCCCAGAUCCGAUGAUGCCAACAAGCCCUGCGGAACAGACAUCGCCAUUCCUUACUUCGUUUCCUUCUACAUCCUGUGUUCCUUUCUGAUUAUUAACUUAUUCGUUGCUGUCAUCAUGGAUAAUUUUGACUAUCUAACACGCGAUUGGUCAAUUCUGGGUCCACACCAUUUGGAUGAGUUUGUAAGGCUGUGGUCAGAGUACGAUCCAGAUGCUAAGGGGAGAAUCAAGCAUCUGGAUGUCGUAACUCUGCUACGGAAGAUCUCGCCUCCGUUGGGUUUCGGUAAACUAUGUCCUCACAGAGUUGCCUGCAAGCGUUUGGUUUCCAUGAACAUGCCACUCAACAGCGACGGGACGGUGAAUUUCAACGCUACGCUCUUCGCUGUGGUGCGAACGUCCUUGAAGAUCAAAACGGAAGGUAACAUAGAUGAGGCCAACGAAGAGCUGAGAGCCAUCAUCAAAAAGAUAUGGAAGAGGACGAAUCCAAAGCUUCUGGAUCAAGUGGUACCUCCUGCAACGGACGAAGACGUGACCGUUGGCAAAUUCUAUGCCACCUUCUUGAUCCAGGACUACUUCAGGAGAUUCAAGAAGAGGAAAGAGGAACGAGAGAAGGCCCUCGGAGAUGGAAGCGAGGAGAGCACGGUGGCCUUGCAGGCUGGGCUUCGUACUCUCCACGAGGCUGGUCCCGAGCUCAGGCGAGCCAUCUCCGGGAAUCUGGAAGAUGACGACUUUGACGAUGGGCCGGACAUCCUGCCCAUGCACAGGAGGAACCACAUGCUGUUUGGUAACAUCUGGGGGAAAGGCGGCAAACAAUCGAAUGCCCGGGGCCCAGGUCGCUCUCACGCUAAGGUAUCUCCUGUCAACACGCUCAACCUUGUCAGUCCCAUGCACAGGGCUGCAAUGCCCAACCACUAUGUGCUCUCCAGGGACUCACAAUCCAGCCCGUCUUCUGAGGAGUCGGACGAGCGGACCCAGCCCCCGACCCCACCUCCCCGCCAUUUCCUGCGCAAGAGUGGGGGCUCCUUCCGACUGCCCUGCCUUACCAAGCAGGCCAGCCACGAGAAGCCCCCCGCCGGGGAGUCUCCCGACCGCAACCUGAUGAGCCGUAUCGCUGCCUCCCUCAGGUUUUCGCCCCUGCCUGUCAUGGCUGUCGCCGGCAUCGCUCCAGAAGAGGAUGGCUCGCUGUCCCCUGUGGAUCGACGGAACCACGUCCCGCUGCACAGAGCUUCUUAUCAUGGACCCAGCAAGUAUGUACCUGAAAUGAACGGUAUUGAGAUUCCAAACAACAUGCAGAAAUACAAUCCUGACGAAAGAGUUAUAGGCAGUGCAGAAAAUCUUGUUGGGAGGGUGCUGCAGGAGCAAGGCUUGGGCCGCUACUGCGAUCCUGAAUUCGUGAAGGCUACCCAGCGAGAGCUGGCAGAGGCCAUCAAUCUCACCCCCGAAGAACUGGACCGUGCGGCCCACCGUCUCAUGCAGGCCGAGCGUCGCAGCAGCAACCCCUACCUGUACCAGCCCACACAAGUGCCAAACGACAACACCUUCCUCUCGAGCUUACGGGACGAGCGGCCCAGCAGUCAGCAGACCUACCACACCGACACUCGGUGGGACGACAAGCACUUCGGCGACACGCGGCUAUAGUGCUACAUCCAGUGGAUUCCAGUGCCUUUUCUUCUGUCGGGGGAACAGUGUGUCAUGUCCCUUGCUGUUUGUGUAUUUUUGUCAUGAUGGAUUCUUCUUCUUUUUGUUAGUUAUUUUUUGUGGAGAUAUGUGGAGCCGUCUCUCCAAAGAAAAAGGGUGUUUAGUAAAAAAGCUGUCCAUUGACUCCUAAGAAACAUGAAGUUACGAAACAUUCGCCGUUGAUCCCACUCAGUCCAUGAAAAUUUGAUUCGCUGUUUCCUCUUUAGUAGACAUUUUUGGUUCUUGACGCUUUUGUUAAGUGUAGUUCGUUUCUGUUGUAUCUAUUUUAUGAUGUUCAGAAAGCUUCAGUUUCUGAGUGUUUGUAUUGUCUUUUUAAGUGCUUUUCAGCAGUUCUGCGUUCGGUAAGAUGUGUACUUGCCACUGUGGAUCAAGGUUUGAAAUUGAAUAAUAUAAAAUAUGCAUACAUCUGUUUACUGAUAGUAGAUUUUUCAGAAACUAAAAUUCAUGACGUCCUAAAAAAAUUAUAUCCCUCCAUUUUUUUGUCGAGCCAAAAUGUGAGAUCAAAGAUUAAAAGAUAAUUUCUACGCUUGCGAAAAUGAAUUGCCAAAAUUAUAUUCUUUAAUACUAUAUCUAAAUUUAGUGAUUUUUUUAAAAAAUUUUACAUGCAAAUUUUGAGGCAUUGUCAUUUUUUUUAAACUUAGUUUAAGCAUACGCAUGUAUAAUUUUUUCACAUCAAUGAAAUAACGGUUUUUAAACAUUUUUCUUCGCGAAUUUUAAUUUAUUAGCGUAUUUUAAAACGAAUGAAAAAUUAUUUACAAAAUGAGCCUUGAACAAAUUAAUUAGUAUUAAAAAAUUUGCUUUACAUAAUAUUUUUUUAGCGAAUCAUAGGAAAAAAGAAAAUUUUAACUAUAAAAAUUCAAACUUUGUCAUUAAUCUUAGAGGGAUUUUAUCAUACUGUGCAUCAUUUGCCAACUGAUAUUUAAAAAAAAAUAAUAAAAAAAGUGAACCAAAAUAAUCUUAGG